CUCGGCCGCCACUUGCCCGGAGCGCUCCGGGAAGGUCGGCAGCUCCGACGCCAGGAGGGGAGGCUUUCCCCGCACAGGGGGGGCUGGCGGCCCGCUGCCCCCUGCAGCCCCGUCCGGACCGGACAGCCCCGCGGGGGACGGGCGGGGUCUUCCUCCCCAGAGACCAGCGGAGCCCCCCGGGUGGGAGCAUGCUGGACUCGUAGGCUCCCUCCGGCCGCCCCGGAUCCCCUCGGCCCCCCUGGAAAGGAUGGUCCUGACCUCUCCCCUGCCUGCUCUGUUUCUCUUCCUGGCGUCGGCGGCGUCUUCCUUCCCCAAAGACCUGGCUCCCUUCCACGUGGUCAGCGAGGCAGGAACCCACCUGUAUCCCUCCUUCCGUGGCUUGGCGGGAGAGAAUGACUCCCACGCUGCUUUGGGCCUGGACUUCCAAAGCAUGUUGCAAAUUAACCAGACGCUCUUCGUGGCUGCCCGGGACCACGUCUUCGCUUUUGACCUCGGACAGACCGCAAGCAGUUUCUCUCCCAAGAGGCAUCUCACCUGGAAGACGCAGGACGUAGAGAACUGUGCCGUCCGCGGGAAGCUUCGGGACGAAUGUUACAACUACAUCAAAGUUUUGGUGCCCAAGAACGACCGGAGCCUCCUGGCCUGCGGCACCAACGCUUUCCACCCAGUGUGCCGGACGUACAAGAUCAGCGACUUUCAACAGGAAGGCGAGGAGCUGAACGGCCAGGCGCGAUGCCCCUUCGAUACCAAGCAGACCAACGUGGCCAUCUUUGCCGACGGGAACCUUUAUUCUGCCACCGUAGCCGACUUCCAAGCCAGCGAUGCGGUGAUCUAUCGGAGCCUGGGGGAGCGCAACCCCGUGCUGCGGACGGUCAAAUACGACUCCAAGUGGUUACGAGAGCCUCAUUUCAUCCACGCUCUGGAAUACCGGGAGUAUGUCUAUUUCUUCUUCCGUGAGAUCUCCGUGGAAUAUACCACGCUGGGACGGGUGAUCUUUUCCCGCGUGGGGAGGGUCUGCAAGAACGACAUGGGGGGCUCCCCUCGGGUGCUGGAGAAGUACUGGACCUCCUUCCUGAAGGCCCGGCUCAACUGCUCGGUCCCCGGAGACGCCUUCUUCUACUUCGACGUCCUCCAGGCCGUCACCGACGUCAUCCUGGUCAACGGCCGCCCGUCCGUCUUCGCCGUCUUCACCACCCAGUCCAACAGCAUCACCGGCUCAGCCGUCUGCACCUUCGACAUGGACGAAGUGGGGAGGGUCUUCGAUGGGCGGUUCAAAGAGCAGAAAAACGCGGAUGCCGGCUGGACCCCCAUCUCCGAGGACAAAGUCCCGACCCCCAGACCUGGCAGCUGCGCUGGGGUGGGCCAAGCCUCAGGGUACCGGACCUCCAACGACUUUCCGGACACCACGUUGAGCUUCAUCAAGUCCCACCCUCUCCUGGACGACGCCGUGGCCUCCGUGGCCGAGCAGCCCUGGUUCACCAAGACCUCCAGCCGGUACCGGCUGACCCGCCUGGCCGUGGACCCCUCCGCCGGUCCUUUCCGGAACAACACCGUCCUGUUCCUAGGCUCGGAAGAUGGAGCCGUGCUGAAGGUGCUCUCCUGGCUCGCCGGCAACCACACGGUGCAGACGCUCCUCCUGGAAGAGGUCUCCGUCUACCAGCCCUCCCGGUGUAGCGUGAAGCGUGAGGACCGACAGGUCCUGGGGCUCCAGCUGGACAAAGUAAACCACGCACUCUACGUGGCCUUCUCCGGCUGCGUGGUCCAGAUGCCCCUCAGCCGCUGUGGGUCCCACAGCACCUGCCGCAGGAGCUGCCUGGCUUCCCGAGAUCCCUACUGCGUUUGGCUGCCCUCCGGGACUUGUGCAAACUUCGGCCACGAAAUCAGAAGCGGAUUUGAACAAGAGCUGGAAAACUCCGCCAAGCCCUCGGCCGAUUGUCAAGACGGUGUGACCUCCACGGGGGAACACGACAGUCUCAGCGACUCUGCCUAUGGAGAUGCUCAGACCACCCCGGCGUCUUCCGGGCUCUUCUCCCAGGCGCCCCCGGGCUCUCCCUCCGCUAGCUUGGCUCCCGGCGCCCACCCAGCCCCUGGUGUGGGGGACCCCCGUUUCACCCUCCACGUGGCUGUGAGCACGCAGGGCGUGAGGCAGGAGUCGGAGGCGAAGGACAGCGCCAAGUCGGUCCACUUCACCUUCCUGAUCGGCUGCGUCUUCGUGGCUUUCCUCCUGGGGGCCUUCCUCUCCGGCCUGCUCGUCUCCUGCUAUUGCAGCCACAGCCUGCAGCGCGCCAAGCACCCCGGCAAGGACCCCGAGAAUGGCCUCCAGCGCCCGCUCUCCCUGCGCAGCCUGGCCAAGAUGAACGCCCUGCUGGAAGGCGGCCAGGCCAAGGACGGGCUGAUGGAGACGGCCGCCCCUCAGCUCUACACCACCCUGCUGCCCAGCGAGAAGGAGCUGCCCAGCGCCCCGGCCAAGCCCGGCGUCCGAGAGCACCCCGAGCUGUCCGCCUUGCCCACCCCGGAGUCCACGCCCGAGCUGCCGGUCAAGAACAUGAAGGCCAUCCGGAACCAGUGGGAGAAAAACCAGAACUUCAAUAACGCCAAGGAUGCCCCGGGGAUGCCCUUCCAUGCCCCUGUGCCCAACACCUUCUCCUUUCCCGGCCCGGGAGGGGUCCCCGGGCCCCUGCAUGGCUACGACACCCCGCUGGGGGGCUACCUGGACGAGAAGAAGAUCUCCAACUCGGAGCGGGUGCUGGUGCGUCCCUCCCCGCCGCCCAAAGGCAUGGAGGUCACCACCCUGGAAGAGCUGCUGAAGCACCUCCACGGGGCUGGGGCCUCCGUGCCAGCCGCCUUCCCGCCUUCGGCCGUGGCUUUUGCCAACCGGGUGCAGCCGAAGGUGCCCAACCUGGAGGGCGCCCCCUAUUACAACACCUCCACGCUGCCUCGGCGGCUGGACAUCCCUCCGGACGCUCCGCUGCCCUUGGGCCUGGACAAAGGAGGCGGGCGCUCCGUCGCCCACAGACAUUCCCUCUGUGGCGCCCCGAAGCUGGUGAACGUGGGUGGGGGGGGCGGCGGGGGGCUGCUGAUGCGGCAACACAGCCUGGGCCAGGCGGGGAGGCUGCCCCCAGCCCUCCUGACCCGCAUGCACUCCACGGGGAGCUCCGUGCCCCAAGAGGGCCACCACCAUGCCAUCUUCCUGGCCAGGCAGCACAGCUACGGCGACCAGGGGCCGCUGCCCAGCCACGGGGGUGGCAUCCGGCGGUCCGUCUCGCUGAUCAAGCCGGGCAUGACCCCAGAGGCUCUCUUCCAGCCUUCCUCUCCGCCCGCCCAGCCCUCCGGCCCUUUCCACUAUUGAGCCCCACGGAAGGAGAAGCGUGCGUGCGUGUCUCUCUCUCUCUCUCGAACCCAGAGCCGGCCGCUCUGAGAAGGUCCCCUUCGGCCACGUCCACCCGCAGGGAUUAACAACCCGAGUGUGCCUUGUGUAAGGGAAGGUCCCGCGCAGGUGGCACCGGUGGGGCUCGGCUGGACGGACACCUGCUUCCUUCUCUCUUCCUGCGAGAUGCUUCCAGAAGCUUCCUCGGCCUCCGGGGGGCCCCAAAGGGCCCCCAAAGUAGCAAAGCUGGCCGUUCCUGCCUACCUCACGGGUGAGGCCUCGAAGGCGGACGCCUCGGCAGGGCCCACCCUCACCCAUUCCUUAUGCAAGAAAUCUCCACCCAGGAUGCCCGUCCUGGCUCGCUCGCGCCCUGCCAGCGGGCACCCAAGGCUGCUUCCAAAGGCUGGCAAAGUGCUUGGGCCCAGAUCCUCCGGGGGAGCAGAGACCCAUUCGAGCAACCAGCCAGGAAUGGGGGGUCCCUGGGGGGCCCCUUCCUCCUCCUCCCCUCCGCCACGGCCAACCUGCAAACGGUCAUGUUUCGAUUCCGCCACGGGGCCGAAGGACUCCAAACUCAAGGUUCACAUUUUGCAAAAACUUGAAAUGUUCAACGGGUGGAUUUCACCCUGUGGAGCGAAAGGGGAGGGAGGGAACGGGAGGGGUCCCAGGGCAGGUUUCGGGGGAGGGGGGGGGGCUCAUCCUUUUCAAAUGGGGGUGGCUGGGUGUGUCCCUGUGUGCAGCCGGCUGGAGAGUGGUGGGCAUUUCCAGAGAACAAACGGGCUGUCCCAAUCGGGAGUGAUGAUGCUCAAAGGACUCCGGAUGAUCUGAACUCGGGUCAGGCUGGACCUCCUGCCCCUUUUAUGGGGUUAAAGAACCGUGUUUGCUUCGUGGGGAGGGGGUGGGUGCAAAGGUGGCUCCCCCCCAGCCCGUUUUUGUAGCACUUUUGGUAUUUGUGUGUGUGUUUUUCUCCCAAAAGGGCAGAUUACAGCAGCUCCUGUUGCUUGGAUGGCCUUUUGAGAAAUGAGCCUUGGCCGGACUUGAACUCGCAGCCCUUCCCUCCGGGGAGGGAACAACUUCAGGGUCCUCUCUGGGCCCCCAAGCAGCCCCUCCUGGCCGGCGUUCUUCCUUGUAACCAAUGUUGACCUCUCUUCUUUUUCUAAAGUCUCCCCGCUUCCAUUUGGGGGCGGAGAGACUCCGAUGAAGAUCUAAUUAUAUGUACCUGGGGGGGCAGGGGGGGCGUCCCCAAAUUUUCUUCUCAAGUUACCCCACCCCACCCCUCAAUCGGGCAGAAUUUUUGCCUGUGGGCCGGCCUGGUUCAUCCUGCUCACCUACGCCUCGAUUUCUUGGCUGGCUUGAGUUUGGAAGCCCCAGCUUGUGAAACUCAGCCUGCCCAAGGAGCUAGUCCACAAAGAGGCUUGUAAACUCAUCUCCAAGACGGUGUCCCCACGAACAAUGAAAAUAAUAUACAGGUGUUUUCCCACAGGCUCCAAAAUCAGAGAGGAGCUUUUCCACAGCGGUGGCUUGCAAAAACAAAAGGGGGAAAAAAAUAUGCCUCCUUAAAAUAAAAUAAAAAAAAAAGAUUUGUAAAACCAGAGGGGGGGGGGGGGUAAAUUCUUUUGAUGUUGUACUUGCAAAUCUGCCCCUCUCCAAUAUAGGGAGGGGUGGGUGACCCAAGGGGAGGAAGGGAGAAUCUGUCAACCCAUUUUUUUAAAAAAAUAUUUUGGAAAGUGCCAUCCGGAGAAACGCACCGAGGGCUGGAAAGCCGUUUUCUGGUUUGUUUGUUUUUUUUAAUCCACGUGGGCAGGAUAUUUGGGGGGAGGGCGGGUGGGGGGGGAGUUUGGAGCGUGUGUGUGGAGAGUUUUC